GAGAUUAUUGGGUUUCACUAGGCCCAUGUUAUUGUGGGAAAUCAUAUCUGAAUCUCUCUCCUUAUGUAUAUGAAUGUCGUCAACAUGAUCUAAAACGCUCCUCCAUACUCAAAAUCUCAGAUCAUAUCGUCUUCUCUUUCUCUCCCUCCCAUCUCGCAAAACCCACGAUCUUAAGAUGGAAUCCAGUGGCAAUCAUGGAGGGAUCCAGCAACUGCUUGCUGCUGAACAAGAAGCUCAGCAAAUCGUCAAUGCCGCUAGGACCGCGAAAAUGGCAAGGCUGAAGCAAGCCAAGGAAGAGGCUGAGACCGAGAUUGCUGAUCACAAAACCACUACGGAGCAUUCUUUCCAGAGGAAGCUCGAAGAGACCAGUGGAGAUUCAGGUGCAAACGUGAAGAGGCUUGAGCAAGAGACUGAUGAGAAGAUCGAGCAGUUGAAGAACGAAGCUUCCAGGAUUUCCAGAGAUGUUGUGGACAUGCUUCUCAAACAUGUCACCACUGUCAACAACUGAGAUAUAUAUACCAUCCGUCUUUGAGAUGGUGUCGAGUGUUAUUUUUGAGUGGAAUUAUUCAUCAUUCGUUUCUUUUAUGGAUUCCAUGUUUCAACUGUUGCUUUUGAUUUUGAACUUCAGCCUUCAGAGUUGCUGUAUUCAUCUCUCUGAAGACGUACAGAAUACAGAUCUUUUGUGUAUUGUAAUAAAUUUCAGAACAAAAGGAAACCAAUGAUUUUUUUUUUGUUUUGAUCA